CAAAGGAUAAAACAUCGCCACGACGAUCGCCCGAAUGAGGUAAAUCGGCAGCAGACGAUCGGUCAACUUUACGAAGUAGGUUUGCUGAGCCACAUCGUCGUCGAUCAAGGGUUCUCAACUAUAAAUCUCUCGAACGACGUUGAAGUUGAGGUCCAUAUCAGUCUACGCUGUACAAUCGAAUAUCGUCAUGCAACUAUCCAAAGAAUUCUCCCAGGAUGGCCACCCCGUCAUCUUGGCCCUGCGCAUAAGCGCCGUGCUGAGCGCGCUGAUCGCCUUAAUCGUCUUUGCCUGGGCCGUGAAAGCGCACGAGACCGUGUUCUCCGAUGUUAAUGGCUCUUCUUUAUGCCUUAUCGUGCUUAUAACCGUGGCCUAUGCCUUCGUCUGGUCCACGGUCGCAUUGAUCGUACGAUUGGUGUUCAACCGCCCCCUGCAUGCCGGCAUCUACAUUGCCCUGGACCUCCUGGGUUUUGGCGCCGUGGUGGGUUCGACCAUUGCCAUGCUGGUGGCGCUGGAGCCAUACGGAAUGGACUACCAGUGCGUCAAGGACCCGUGCGCAACGAACGUCGGCCAGGUGCAGGCGUUCGGGGCCGCCAUGUCUCUUCUAGAUGGGGCGCUGCAUUUGACGCUGUUUGUCUGGGCGUGCUGGGCAUGUCGGUCGACAAAGACGCAGGGGCGGAAGACGGUGGACGCUUGACCUCUCCUUUUUGGUUCUUGUUGAAGUUCACUUUCUGAAGCCAUGUUGAAUUAUGGUAAUGUCUAAUGUUUAAUGCUAUUAAUGUUUAAUCGGCUGUCAUGGUUCGGUAGUCCGUCAAACCGGUUUGUCUACGCAGGGCUGCAUUAAUCUAUCCGCUGCACGACCGUUUCACAACCGUUUCAAGUUGCUCCGGCAGAGAUUUCACCGGCAUGCAGGAGAGAACUAGGAGAUAUCAGAUUCACUUAAAUGACAGCCGGCUCCACCGG